GCUUAUGUUUGGAUUGUUUUUCCACUCAAAUUUCUGUCUCAUUUAUAGUUUGCCCAAGGUAAAAGACCACAAUUGCAAAUUCAACCCCCUAAAAAAAUCAACCUUCGAAUCGGAGCAACAGAACCAUGGAGUACGAUUUCAGAAAGCGCACCGGCGGAUCGUCGCCGUACGAUUCGGACAUCCCGUCGUUUAGUCGGCCUCCCCCCGCCGCCGCACCGUCGUCUGCGCCUGCAGCUCACUCGCCGUACGGUCAAUCGCCGUCGCUGUACCCGAAGAUCGGCGGCGCCGGAGCCCACUCCUCCGCCGCGCACAUCCGAAACCCCCCUUUCCACCACGCUCCGCCUGCCCCCUCCAGCUCUGGGGUUGGAAUUAGGGUUUCUAUAAAACCCGAAUACCGGAUCACACCACCUCCUGCGUUAUUGCCACAAUUGGGGGAAAUACCAAGAAGUAAUUUCCACUUUGAUUUCGAUUUCGAGAGGAAUGUUUUAGCCGAGGCAGUGAAGGAUAAUCCCAACUGGAGCAGGCUUGGUAUCGAAUAUGGUCCGCCAAAGGCAGCUGAACCGACACCUUCAUAUGGUUCUACUACAGAUCCUAUAUUGAGCAAAUAUAUAGCAGCGGGUCUUAGCAGAGAGGCUGUGCCUCUUGCGGUUGCGAAUUACGGAGACAAUCCCACUAAGGUGAAGGAAUUUGCCAAUGGAUUUACUCUUUUACGAGAAAUGGGAUUCUCGUCUAACAAUGUUGCGGAAGCUUUGAUCAUGUAUGACAACGAUACAGAUAAGGCGUUGGCUCAUUUUCUCAACAGUCCAUCAUGAGAUAACGGCGAUGGGAAACUAAAGAGGAGAUGAAGAUUUGAAGUUGGUUGAUGUGUUGAAAGUUUGAUUUUGUUUGGUUGGAUAAGUAGUGUGUGAAGAUACUUAUAUGAUUGUAUAGGGAUUCUCUUAUAUAAACGUUUUAUAUUCUUCUUUUCUACUGUGAUUGAUUUUAAUGGAUUUACUGUAUUUUGGCCAUGUAUUGCUACUCUAUGAUAUAUUUGGUAAGAAUCCUAUUUGCCGAUAGGGUUACCAUUUACCAACAUACUGGUGCGCUUAUGAUUCAUAGAGUUGGUAAAAUCGAAAAUAUAGCCAAAUGUGUUUCGCAACUUUGAAAGAGAGAUCACAACAAUAAAUUCAGCUCGGGCAGUUGCUUGCAGCAUGAGUAUGAAC